CCUGUCUCACGUGACCGCUCUGACGAGUGAACAUGGCGGACGCGGAGGCAGCGAAGCGUCUGAGCGGUUUGUUGAACGGAAUCGCUCAAAGCGUCUUUUACCAGAAGAGCGACGUCACGGAGCAGCUGCUGAAAGCCGAGCUGUUCCCCGAGCUGCCACUGGGCGAGUUCACGGCGCUGCACGACAAGAUGAAGGGCCUCCUCAGGUCCAUGGCAUCUGCAGACAUGGACCACGCCCAGCUGGAGGCCUUCCUGACUGCUCAGACCAGGAAGCAGGGCAGCGGCGGGGUGAGCGCCGAACAGGCCGCCGCCCUCUCUCGCUUCUGGAAGAGCCAGCGUGUUCGUGUACGGGAGAGCGUGCUGGCUCAAAGCCGCUGGGAGCCUGGACUCAGGGGCAUUUCCUGGAGGGUGGACCUGCAGGCCGCAGACAGCCAGGGUGUCGCCGCCCACAGUGGCCCCGUCGCCCUGGUUGAGCUGGAAGUGGGCCGGACUGGACAGGACUCGGAGUUUGUGUGUCUGGAGUUUGAUGAAGCCCGAGUCAACCGGGUUCUGAAGAAGAUGGCCGACAUCCAGGAGAGCAUGGACAGGAUCAUCCAGCAGACCUGAGCGGAGAAUCGCUGACUCACAAAGACUCUGAAAACACAUGCAUGUCAUGAUUCUGUUAAGACGCACUGAUCCUGAUCCUGACGGGUCGCACCUGCUCACGCACCGAGGGUUUGUUUUAUGUGAACUGUUAAAGGGAUAGUUCAGGAUGUGUGGUUGUGUUGGUGAUCUGAUUAGAAAGUGGUUUGAUGCAAUUAAAGCAGAACUAUGCAGGAUUUUUACCCUAA